AUGGCAUGUUGGACGCAGUUGCCUCUGUUUCAGAUUUUCUGCGGUCUUUUUUCUUCCCUGGGCGGUGAGCGGGUUUUCCUACUUGCUACCAUUCGAACAGGGGAUGCGUUUCCCUUUGAUCUCGGCUACUGCAGCUUUUUUUCUGAGCAAUCCAAUCAAGGGACGGGGAAACAAACGAGCGCGGCUACUGCCACAUCGCCCAUAUCCAAGUAG